CUUCCGUUGGGAGGCGGGCGCGGAGGGUUGGUUCGGCAUUACCGGCACCUGGCCCGGGCCAUCGUGCGUGUCACCUUCACCCAGCCUCCAAGAAACUGCGCGCUAGAUGCGCACUCGGGCGUUUCCGGCAGGUGACGCUACCGCGUCCCCGGAGCGGGACUUGAAGGAGGGCCUCAAGCAAUCUGGGCUGAACCAGCGCGCGCCGCUGACGGGGCGGAGCCUUUAAGGAGGCCCCGAGGAUCUUGAGUAGUGGCAGUGCAGAGUGCUCGGGGUGGGAGUACGCUCCUGGAGCGUGGCUGGAGUUGUUAGAACAAGAAACUGGUGGAGAGUUAGUGUGUGUGUGACUAUGAUGGUCUGUGAGGUUGUGAUCCUGUGUGUAUGUGAUUGUGAUGAUGCGACAGUGAUGGGGGUGUGGUUGUGUUGAGUGUGGUGGAGUAAUUGUGAUGGGAUAUUUUUGUCAUGGUGAUGUUUGUAAUUGUCUGUGAUUUAUGAUAACGUGUGUGGUGUUGUCUCUGAUUGUCAGGUAGAUGUGCAGUGUGUGUGAGUGUGGAGGUGUUUGCAAUUGUGAUAUGUGUAGUGGUUCUUGUCUUACCACAUUUGACUUUUGUGUAGCCUUUGGCAUAAUUGGUAACCGCUUGAAAAAAUUUUCUGUAUUUGGUUUCACGUGGUCUUUCCUCCCCACUGGCUACUCUAUCUUAGUCCCCUUUGCUGCCCUUUUUUACCCCCAGCCGUUCUUGGCCCGGUUCUGUUGCUCUCCAGUUUCCCUUGGUGAUCUUUUCCAGUUUUAUUAUUUCAUCUUCCUGUGUCUUCUUUUAUUAUAUGUAUUAGUUAUUGUAAUCAUAAUAAUGCUGCCUAACAAACCACUCUUAAACUCAGUGGCAUGAAACAGCAAACAUUUAUUCUCCUGUUCACAGGUUUGCAGGUUCUGUGUUCAGCUUAUCUAGGCUGGGUUUGCCUGGGUGGCUGGACUGCAGAAUCGAUUGAAACCUGCUCCACGUGUGUUCUUUCUGCAGCUCAGGCUAAAAGGACAGUGGUUACCAGGACGUGUUCUUCUCCUGGUAGAUCACCAGAGUGCAAGACUGAUCAUAAAAACACCCUUAAAAACCUCUGCUCCCAAGUAUACUAAUAUUAGGUUAGCCAGAGCUAUUCAGGUGCCUAAGUGUAACAUUAAUUACACGCAGUCAGAAGGCAAGGCAGAGUUAAAUGGCAAAAAGUGUGAAUAUGUAAUCCUCUUAGAAGGGGGUGAAACAUUGGGACCAAGAUUCCAGUCUACGACAUUAAGAAACAUGCCUCUUUAUCCUGGUGAAUGUCUUUUGGUCCAUGUUCUCUUUUGUCUGAUAAUAUUGCUUUUCGUGUUUUGUUAUUGUAUUUUCCAGGAAUUUCAUUUUACAACCCCUUCCCUUUAUGUCUUUAUACUUCAGGUCUGUCUCUUGUUAAGAGCAUAUUGCUGGACUUUUCCUCUUUUUAUCCUGUUUGACUGUUAUUUUAAUAGCUUGGUGUUCUCCAGAUUCUGCCCUUUUCAAGGAAGAAGAGGAUAUGACCAGUUCUCUUGGAACAGUAACAUUUAAGGAUGUGGCUGUGGACCUCACCCAGGAGGAAUGGCAGCAAAUGAAACCUGCUCAGAGGGACUUGUACCGUGAUGUGAUGCUGGAGAACUAUAGCAACCUAGUCACAGUGGGCUGCGAAGUCACCAAACCAGAUGUGAUCUUCAAGUUGGAGCAGGAAGAGGAACCAUGGGUGAUAGAAGAAGAAAUGCUUGGGAGGCCCUGUCCAGAAUCCAGAAGAGGAGGAGAAAAGAGCUGCUGUUCAUCAAAAGUCAUGGCGAAGGACUUGAAGUUCAAAGAUGUGGCCAUUUACUUCACUCAAAAGGAGUGGGAGUGCUUGCACUCUGCUCAAAAGGAUUUGUACCGAGAUGUGAUGUUGGAGAAUUAUAAUACCCUGAUCUCACUGGGAUUUUCUGAUUCUAAGCCAGAUGUGAUCUCCUUAUUGGAGCAGGGGAAGGAACCUUGGAUGGUUAACAGCAACGAGACAAAAGAAUGGUGCCCAGAUUGGGAGUCUAGAAGAGAAACCAAGAUGCUAAAGGAGGACAGUUAUGAAGUUCAGUCAUUUCAACCAGAGAUAACAAAAAGACUUACAAACUCUACCCUUGAGUAUACUAGGGUCAGAAGUAACAGAGAAAUCAGAUGCCACUUGGAGAGGCUACAGGAAGGACAUUUCAGACAAGCCACAAUAACCUCUGAAAAAAGAUCCACUUCCAUUCAGCGCACAGAUCAUAGAACACCUCAGACAACUCAUACUGGAGCAAAAUCCUGUGAAUCCAAGGAACGUAAGACUUUCAGGUACCAAUCACACCAUAGUCAACAUGAAGGAAGUCAUAAUAAGGAAAAAGAAUCUAAAUGUGGAGAAUGUGGGAAAGCCUUUAAUAGUAGGUCAGACUUGAUUAAGCAUCAGAGAAUUCAUGAAAGCAAAAAAAGUGAUGAAAAUAAGAAAUGUGCCUUUAUUCGUGAUGCUCAGAUUACUAAAUCUCAGAGCAUUAAUACUGCCGAGAAACCUCAUAAAUGUAAGGAAUGUGGGAAGGCCUUUCAUUCUAACUCACAACUUAGUAAACAUCAAAGGAUUCAUAUAGAUGAGAAACCCUAUAAGUGUACAGAGUGUGGAAAGCCAUUUCCAUCUACCUCACAACUUAAUUUACAUCAGAGAAUUCAUACUGAUGAGAAAUACUAUGAAUGUAAGGAGUGUGGGAAAGCCUUUACCCGUCCCUCACACCUUAUUCGACAUCAGAGAAUCCAUACUGGUGAGAAACCCUAUAAGUGUAAGGAAUGUGGGAAAGCUUUUCGUUAUGACACACAACUUAGUCUUCAUCAGAUAAUUCAUACUGGUGAAAGACGCUAUGAAUGUAAGGAAUGUGGGAAGGUCUAUAGUUGUGCCUCACAACUGAAUCUACAUCAAAGAAUUCAUACUGGUGAGAAACCUCAUAAAUGUAAGGAAUGUGGGAAAGCUUUUAUCUCUGAUUCACAUCUUGUCCGACAUCAGAGUGUUCAUACUGGUGAGAAACCAUAUAAAUGUAAGCAAUGUGGGAAGUCUUUUCGUCGUGGCUCAGAACUUACCAGACAUCAGAGAGCUCACACGGGUGAGAAACCUUAUAAAUGUCGGGAAUGUGAAAUGGCCUUUACUUGUAGCACAGAACUUAUCCGACAUCAAAAAGUUCACACUGGUGAGAGACCCCAUAAAUGUAAGGAAUGUGGGAAGGCUUUUAUUCGAAGGUCAGAACUUACUCAUCACAAGAGGAGUCAUAGUGGUGAAAAACCCUAUGAGUGUAAAGAAUGUGGGAAGGCCUUUGGUCGUGGCUCAGAACUUAGUCGACACCAGAAGAUUCAUACUGGUGAGAAACCCUAUGAAUGUAAGGAAUGUGGGAAAGCCUUUAUUCGUGGCUCACACCUUAGUCAACAUCAAAGAAUUCAUACAGGACAGAGGAGUGAAUGAAGGCAUGUGGGAAGCUUGGAAUUUAAUUGACACCUGGAAAUUCAUACUAGUAAAACACAAACAAAACCCCCUCUAAUUGUAAGGAAUAUGGGAAAGCAUUUAAGGUUAACAACUUAAUAUCAGAGUUCAUACUGUGGAUGUGAGGGAGUCCAGAAUUUGAUAUUUGUUACUGAUUUAAAACCUUAUAAAUGUUAUGAAUUGAGAGGGGUGUAUUUGUGUUUCAGAAUUUAUUAGACAUCAAUCAAUUGGUGAAAAAGUGAAAAACUCCAUGAAUAUAAGGAAAGUGGAAAGGCUUAUUAGGAAAGCAGUGUUAGAGACAUUAAUCAUUCUAACUUUUCUCAACAUCAAGGGUCAAUUAGCCCUUAUGGGAAAUCAGAAGUCAUAAUAUAAAUAUUUAUAUGGAGCACCAGUUUGCUUUAGCUAACUAAUUAUUCAUCUGAUAAUUCAUACUAGAGGAAGGCUACAUUGUUAAAAAUGCAGCAGAUUCUUCCAUUCCAUUCAACUCUUGUUAAAUGUUUGCAAGCUCUGAACUGAAUCAGAGUGGGAAAGGAUUUAACCAAUAUUUAGUGUUUACUUGGCUUCACCAUUAUUACUCAUUUCUUAUAGGGCUAAUGACUUAACCAAAUUCUCUCAUUUAUCAAUUAGUAAUAUUAGAACCAUAUUUCUUAGUAGCAUUGUGUACAUUGUAUCCCUUAGAAUAGUGUCUGGUUCAUAUUGAAAGUGUGUUAAAUAAGAGGGGCUUUCUUCUUUUUUUUUUUUUUUGUGGUACGUGGACCUCUCACUGUUGUGGCCUCUCCCGUUGCGGAGCACAGGUUCCAGACGCGCAGGCUCAGCAGCCAUGGCUCACGGGCGCAGCCGCUCUGUGGCAUGUGGGAUCUUCCCGGACCAGGGCACGAACCUGUGUCCCCUGCAUUGGCAGGUGGACUCUCAACCACUGCGCCACCAGGGAAGCCCUAGAGGGGCUUUAUUCUUAAUUUUGUUUUCCUAAUUGUGUAUUAGAGAGCAUAUGAGAGGAAGGCCUUAUGUGUGCAGUGCCUAUAUGAAGCUCUUACAUCAUCUUUCUUCAUGGAAUGUUAGAUAUUUCCUUCUGGAGAAAAAUUUUAAAACAAGCUUUUCAUAGGUUGCCCUUUUCCCCAUUAGGGGGUUCAUAAUGUAAAGAACCCCAGUAGAAUAAAAGUGGGGUGCUGUGAGGUCAGAGGGAAGACUUAGAUAAUUUUUUUUAAGACCUUCUAAAAAACAAGAGACAUAUGCCAUGAUCUCUGGCCUCUCUUUUAGUGAAUUAGAAAAUAAAGCCUCAGCCAAAAUCCAUUUCUCCACAAGGAAAUUUAAGAUACUUGUAUAAAUAAUUUUCACAUUAAAAAGGAAAUCAAGGCAGGGCUUCCCUCAUGGCUCAGUGGUUAAGAAUCCACCUGCCAAUGCAAGGGACAUGGGUUCCUGCUCUGCUCUGGGAAGAUCCCACAAACCGCUGAGCAACUAAGUCCGUGCUCCACAACUACUGAGCCUGCGCUCUAGAGCCCGCGAGCCACAAAUACUGAGCCCGAGAGCGCCUAGAGCCCAUGCUCUUCAACAAGAGAAGCCACCCAAUGAGAAGCCCAGGCACUGCAACGAAGAGUAGCCCCCGCUCACCGCUUAGCCCGCGCACAGCAACAAAGACCCAACGCAGCCAAAAAUAAAAAUAAAUAAUUUUUUUUUUUUAGAAAAGGAAAUCAAAGCAAAUUAUCAUUAGGCAGAUUGUCAUUCAAAUGAAUGACAAAGAGACAACUUCAUGUUAAAAUUUGUAGGAUGCAACCAAAGCUUUACUGAGGGAAUUUAACUUCUUUCAGUAUGUGUAGAAAACAGGGAAAAUUCAAAGCAGGGCUUCAUUCUCACUUCCUUAUACUUAGUGCACUGCCUAUUCCUGGUAGGUUCCCAUUAAACAUCUGUUGAUCAGAGGAAUGAGAGAGUGAAUGAAUAAGCAUCCAACUCUAGUAUGUUGAGGUGCUCUAACAAAAUAAGUGCAAAGCCCCAAAAAACACCUUAAAUUUUUGAAGUGAAAAAGAUUGCACCCUAGAAAGAAAAAACUCAAGCAUCAUAAGUGAGAAAGGAUAUGUAACUACAGAGAUGAAGGAGAUGAAGAAAUAAGCCAAUAUUGUUUGGCUGACACUGUUGGUUGCCUGUCCAUUGGUAUUAACCAUUCUCCCUUUGCCAGGAUUGCCUGCUGCCCACCUAAGUCUAAAUGCCAGAUGCUUGCCCUCCUAAUUGCUUUGCAGCUGGGCAUGUGUGUAACAGUCCCGGCCAUAGAAGAUCUAAGCAAAAAGUCUGCAGGUGAGCUUCAGUUAAAUAUUGUUUACUAACAAAAUAGGAGGAAAUGGUCUUCCUAUAUACAGGAUGCAUGUCUCUGUGUCUGUGUGAUACCUGGAAUUAUGGCCAUUUUACAACCAGGGGAGGCGAGAAACUGAGAUUGGCACAGGAAUAACUUGUGUCUUUGACAUUAUUGAGAUGAUGAAACAAUUCAGAACUGCCCUGUGCCCGGAUGGGUGUGAACUAAGAAAUUCUGUGCCUAUAUGUUAUAAGUUUAUAUUCAACUUUAUAUAUCCGAGUCCUAGAAAAAAAUAUUUUCCUAUACAUACACGUUUAUUCCACUUUAGUAACAUGAGAAAAUGUUUAUAUUCAGCUUUUUAUAGUGUAUGUGAAAUUACAGAAAAAGCAUUAUUUUCUUAAACGUAUAUGUGUGUAUAUAUAUACAACUUUGAUUUGUUAAGAUGUAGGAAAUGUCUGUUUGCAUUUAGCGUCUCACAGUAUAUGUUUAUAUGCAGUUUUUUUUAGUAUGUCUGAAAUCCAGGAAAAGUAGUAGUUUCCUGAAUAUAGUAAGAACCAAGAAAAAACUAAUUAAAGAGCUACACCAUAUAAUUCCUCUAGUACUAGAGUAGAUAAAAUCCAAGUCUUUAAGAUAUAAAGAGUAUCAGCUAUGAGGCUAACACAACCCCUAUACCAAAUUUGGAAAAGGACAGCAUCCAGCUCAAAUCAGCUAUAAAAAUAAUCCAUUGUACUCAAUGGUAUAUGAGUAUUCCAAUUAAAAUAGCAAGUCAAAUCUAGCAGCCUAUUAAAAGAAAACAGAGGGGUUGUUUUGUCUAGAAUAAAAUGGUUCAUGACCUGAUCUGUCAGAUUGUAAAAAAUGUGAUGUAUAAAUGUAGUGUUUGCACGUUGAAAACUAGACACUAAAACAACUUAUCCACUGAAAGUAGUAAACUGUUAGCAGCAUAUGCAUAUUCAACUGCUGUGAGGUCACUGCAUUGCCCUCUUAAUCACACCUCAUGGGGUGUAAUCAGUCACAGCAUUUGGAAUAAUCACCAUCCAGUGUAUUCCACCUUUGCCCCACACUUUAGAAAAAUAUUACAUACUAAGUUUAAUGUAAACAUGUAUUAUGUGACAGAUUAAAUCGGUCAUAGCUAAAUAUCAAUCAACCCAUUGGAGGACAAUUUAUAACAAAAAUUUGAGCAUUUUUUUUAAAGAGGGAAAUGAUUACUAAAUUUUAUCUAUACUUUCUCUACAAUUUCUAACUUUUUGAGUUAUAAUAAAUGUUAUAGUUAUAAUGAAUGUCAAGAAAUGAUUCUCUGUAGACUGGAGGUUGCCAAGGGGGAGGGGGUUGGGAGAGGGUUGGAUUGGAAGUUCGGGAUUAGCAGAUGCAAACUGGUAUAUAUAGAAUGGAUAACAACAAGGUCCUACUGUAUAGCACAGGGAACUAUAUUCAAUAUCCUGUGAUAAACCAUAAUGGAAAAGAAUAUGAAAAAAUAUAUGUAUAACUGAGUCACUUUACAGCAUUAAUUAACACAACAUUGUAAUUGAACUAUACUUCAAUAAAUUUUAAAAAGAAAUGAUUCUGAUUUUUUGCCCAUGUAUACAUAUUUCUAUUUUCAAGAUUUGAGAGUUCUAGUCCAAAUUUAUGUAACAUGUUUUGCCAAAAAUGAGAUAUACUGCAAAGGUUUAAACAACACAGAAAAAAGAGCUAUCUGUACCUAUUUUCUGAAGUGCCAACAUCAAAAGCCUUUCAUCCUUUUCUCCAUACCCUCUCACACCCACAUUGGAGCUUUAUUUUCGUAAUGGGGGUUAUGGCUGGGAGUGGUGUAGUUUGACUGGGAUUGUGCUGACACAUUGAAGUAUAUAGCCCCCUUUUCUCACUUGAUAACAUACCAGUGGACUUCCUUCCAAUCAAAACCUACAGAUGUAACUAGUUAGCUUUAAAUGAUUACAUAGAAAAAGCACAUUAAAAAAUGCCCAACAUCGCUAAUUAUUAGAGAAAUGCAAAUCAAAACCACAAGUACCAUCUCACACCAUUCAGAAUGGCCAUCAUCAGAAAGUCUACAAACAGUGCUGGAGAAGGUGUGGAGAAAAGGGAACCCUCGUACGCUGUUGGUGGGAAUGUAAAUUGGUACAACCAUGGUGGAGAACAGUAUGGAGGCUCCUUAAAAAACUAAAAAUUGGGGCUUCCCUGGUGGUGCAGUGGUUGAGAGUCCACCUGCCGAUGCAGGGGACAUGGGUUCGUGCCCCGGUCCGGGAGGAUCCCACAUGCCGCGGAGCGGCUGGGCCCGUGAGCCAUGGCCACUGGGCCUGCGCGUCCGGAGCCUGUGCUCUGCAAGGGGAGAGGCCACAGCAGUAAGAGCCCCGCGUACCGCAAAAACAAACAAAAAAACACACCUAAAAAUAGAACUACCAUAUGAUUCAUCAAGCCCACUCCUGGGCAUGUAUCUGGAGAAAACCAUAAUUUGGAAAAUUACAUGCACCCCAGUGUUCAUUGCAGCGCUACUUAUAAUAGCCAGGACAUGGAAACAACCUAAAUGUCCAUCAACAGAGGAAUGGAGGAAAAAAAUGUGGUAUAUUUAUACAAUGGGAUAAUACUCAGCCAUAGAAAAGAAUGAAAUUGGGCUUCCCUGGUGGCGCAGUGGUUGAGAGUCUGCCUGCCAAUGCAGGGGACAUGGGUUCGUGCCCCAGUCUGGGAAGAUCCCACAUGCCGCGGAGCGGCUGGGCCCGUGAGCCAUGGCCGCUGAGCCUGCGCGUCUGGAGCCUGUGCUCUGCAACGGGAGAGGCCACAGCAGUGAGAGGCCCGUGUACCACA